AUGAUGUCAAGAGUCCUCGAAGCGAAGAGGAGGCAGCAGCAACAAUGGCAAAGGACCGCAAGCCCUUCAUACAAAAAGGAACCACACAGUGGCAAGACCAAUACUCAAUCCCUUUACUCCGUCAACCAAUCUGACGACGACGAAGAGGGUUGGUGUGGCAUAGCAGGAGAGUUUCCUUUAACGUUUUGUGGUGGAGGCGGCGGUGGGAGCAGUCUAGGGCUAAAAGAAGUGCUGCGAUCAUCCGUGCAGGUUCUUGGUAUGAGCAGCCUUGGUAUAACUGAAAAGAUCGUGCUUUUAGAUGGGUCGACGUUUGCUACUAAGAGAUUUAGGAAGGUGGCUGUUGGCAGGACGGAUUUUGGGAAGAGGGUGGAGAGAGUGGCUGCUGUUUGCUGGCAGUGCGAUUACUUGGUCCCCGUUCGGGCUUACGUUUAUUCGAAGAGGACCAAGCUCGUAUUAUGCAACUAUUAUCCUAUGGGGAGUCUUGCUGAUCUUCUUGCAGGAGCCAGAGACCUAGGACACACCCAAUUGAACUGGCAAAUGAGAGCAAGGAUCAUCCUACAUGUUGCGAGCGCUAUAUCCUUCAUUCAUUCUCAGCCUCUCUCAACUGAAGACAGACGCUUUCGAUCCAAUAUCCAUGGCAAUAUAAAGUCCUCCAAUGUCUUUAUUGGUACCAAUUUCUCUGCCCAUCUCUCUGAUUAUGGCUUUGCCCAGCUUGCUCGAACCAUUGACACCCCCAAUAUUGCCCGGGCAAAGAAACCUUUGCCUACCACUUUGGGGGUCGAAAAUGGCAAGAAGAAGCGUUCGCAAAAAGAGGAUAUCUUUGAUUUCGGCGUGAUGGUUUUCGAUGUAUUGGGUGGUGCGAGGGCACCUCAUCAAAUACACUGCAUCGUCGAAAGGGUGGAAGAAAUAAAAGCUGGGACUUGCCAUUUUUUCGAGUACUUUGUUGAAGGGCAAGCGAAGGUUCAAGCAUUGAGAGUGUUGGAGGUGGCCUUGGCUUGUACUCAUGAAUCCCCUGAGGCUAGGCCCUCUGCCGAUGAGAUACUUGCCAUGCUUACUGAUGCUCUGAUGUUUGAACAUUGCCUGGUAUGGUUAUACAUUUGUCAUCUGCAGUACAAACAGCUCGAAUCAAAGCUAAUGCUGACUACGCACAAGGGUGCAAAGUCGGACGAGGAACAAGAUUGCAGUGGAGAUCACACACACCAUCUGACGAAUUCGACAAAGUUUGAGGUUCCUGAGAAAUCAAAGGCAUCAGUUGUCGAAGUGAAAGAACUAUCACAUCAAGGAUCAAGCCACCAUCAGUUGCAUACAUGA